GCCGCACACCAUGACGUUAAGUUAACUAAACUAAACGUUUAAUCCUCCAUAUUUAUUUAUUCUUCUUCUCCGCGUUUUUUUUCCUGUUGGUGACGUCACGGCGUCGGAGAGCGCCGAGCUCGCGACCAGGGAAAACAGGGAAGCUUGGAGAAAGUGUCAUCUGAAACUCGCCGCAAAGAUAGUUGUUGUCUGUAUAUUAAGACUUUACAGACUGCUUUUUCUCGCCUCGAAAUCUUCCGAACACGCGGUGGAAGUGUUCAGCUAACCCUGGAAGUCAUGUUGGGGCUUUAAGGUUGACGGUGUUUGAGCUUUCGCGGUGCAAGUUGGCGACGAAGCCAAAACAAGAGGAAGAAUAAAUAAUGUGCCUGUCGCCGCCGCUGCUUCUGUUCUGACACGGCUCCAGUUUCCCACAGACACUCAGAAGAAGCAAUUUGAAGGAGGAAGACAGAAAGUGAGAAAAUAAGGUAGUAAAAGAAGAAGGAGAAAUGGCCGAGGCACGCUCAGAAGAAGAGGAGGAAAGCGUGAUGAGGGACACUCGGGAGCAAGUGGUCCGACGACAGCCCAACGCCUCCAGAGGUCGUCCUGACAGACAUAAGCCAGAGCAUCGUCACAGCCAGGGUCCUUUGUCAUCUAUCAGAGCCGUCAUCAAGAGAACAUCUUCCAGGUCGACCGCUCUGUCUGAGGCUCCCAGAGACAGAGAGCGGGACCGGGAGAGAGACCGAGAGCGGGAAAGAGACAGAGACAGGAGGCGUCCGGAGAUCACCAUCCUGUCAGCCGAGCCGCUGACCUCGACUUCCUGGUUUCCUGGAGCUUCUGGAGGGUUCCCACCUCCCCCUCCACCUCCUGCACAGAUCUGGGGACCCACGAUCCCUCCGGCCAUACAGCCGCCUCCUACCUACGAGGAGGUGAUCAGGGAGAAGACACAGGAGCAGGUUCUCUCCACUUCUUCCUCUGCCUCAGCAUCCCCCUUGCAUCCUGUUUCCAGAGUAACCAUCUCCACGCAGACUGAUCCAGGAUCUGACCCUGAUCCUCCAGAACCACAAGUAAGAAGAGCAGUGAAACCGCCUCGGCCGCCUUGCCGCCAGCCUCCUAAAUCAUCUCACGUUGAUGACAUCACCAGCACUGCCAGCCAAUCAGCGCUUGCCCCCAUUGGCAGUGACACGCACAUUUCCACGCACACACAGUCCUGUGACCUCACUGAUCUGGGUUCACCUUCAACCUCGAACUCUGGUGUUCAGACUGACCAGUGGGAUCAGUGCUCUGCUACUGUGGAUGUGCCUCCUCCUCGUACUUCUCCCACCACUUCCUUUGAAGUCCCAUUGGAGCAACCCAGACCACGUCCUCGUUCGAAGCCUGGCCUUCGACCAAUCAGCAGCGAGGUUAAAGUUCAGACUUUGGUGAAGCUGCGGGAGGACGGUUUGGCCACGUUAGCCAGUCGUGCAGCGAGUGACCCUGCUAACCAACAAGUCACUCAAGGGAAAUAUUCUCAGGAGUUACUCGAGGCCUUCAGUUCAGACGAGUGGGGCUUCCCCGAUAACCGCGGCGACACCAGUGGGCUGAGCCAGUCAGAGAGUGAGGAAGGGGAGGACGAGGACGACUGGGAGGACAUGGCAACACUGAAAGCUAGGAUACAAGCCUUUGAGCAGCAGCAACAGCAGCAGGUGAGCAGUGAGAGCUGUGACGGUAAUGACAAACAAAGCGGAACCACAAAGAGGCCCGAGCCUCGACCACGCCCUCGUUUCCAGGGGCAACAAGCCAAAUCUGGCCCUCCCACGAUUGCCCCCAAACCCAAAAACUUUUCACCUGGCCCUAAACCGUCCACCAAGGGAUUCUGGGAAGAUGGAGGUUUCACAGCAGCCACAGAGGACUCUACUGAAGCCCCCUCUUCUAAACCUCAAACAACGGCAGAACCAUCACUGAAAUCUGCUCCAGGCCUGGAGCCACAGCCCAUUAAACCCACAGAGAAACCCACAACAACACCCAAACCCCAGUCCAGCACAGAAACCCUCUCCUCUGCUCCUGUCCCAGCCCCGCGGCCCCCUCCACCCAAGCUAACCCCCUGUCUCAGUGACCCUAAACCCCCACCCAGACCUCCAGUCACCCCCAGGGUCAGCGUGGGUGUUUCACACCCAGAUAAGAGCACCACCGAUGGACGCACUACCCCAACUCUAACCCCGAGGCCCUUGGUGGAAGUUGGUGGUGGAUCACAGACAGAGACCCAGACUGGAAGUGAAGCGACGCAGAGCGCCACAAACCAAAGUGUGAAAGUUGGAAGUUCUCGUCCAGGCGUCCCAAACAAGCCAGCAGCACUGAUGGCACCGCGCAGAGCAAGUGCCCCAAAUCUGGCUCCCAAACCCUCUGGAGUCUCAUCAACUCCUCUGGAUCCAAACCCAGUCCCGGCCAAACCUGCAGCAGCCCCUAAAACUUCUGGACCAGCCCCAGCCAAACCCCCGAGCCCGGCUCCAGCUCCGGCCUUGAGGAAGGGGCCUGUGGUCCAGACCAAACCUGAGACUGCCAACACUACAAAACCAAACUCCUCAGACCCUCCUCUGCCGCCACGUCCAUCCAGUGUGAAGCUCCUCCCCCUUCGUCCACCACCAAUCAAAUCUAUCCCCGGGCGCCCGCCGCCUCCAGCCAUCAACUCCACCUCCUCAGGUAGCCAGAAUCCAACUCUGUCUAAAGUUAGUCCCGCCCCUUCCCUUUCUGCUGCUAGUCAGGUGACACCUUCACAGACCAGUUCCAGUCCUCCUCCUUCAACAGCCAAUCAGACACAGGCACAAAAGGCAUCAAAGCGAGGACCACCUCUGCCUCCACGCCCUAAACCUGGACACCCUCUGUACAACAGCUAUGCGAAGCAGGAAGUGCUGAUCGUCCUGGAUGACCCGAGUCCCUCGCCUUCGGAGCAUCCUCCAGGCGAGAAUCAGAAUACCACCACCCCCCUAAUCAACACAUCACAGUGUCUGCUCGAUCUGGACCCCAAGCCAGAGUCCGUCCCUAAUCAGGACAACCAAUCGAAACCUGCCCUGGAGGACCACAGCCUGUCAGGCUCAGAGUCGAUUCUUCCGGUGCAGCCUGCUGAGCUGAAGGAGCAACCAGACUCUCCUCCUGUCAGCGGCCCUCGGUGCGUCGCUCUGUUGGACCACGAGGGAGAGGAAGAAGACGAGCUCACCUUUUCCCAGGGUGAUGUCAUUGGUCUCCUGGAGCUCAUCGGGCAGGAAUGGGGGCGGGGCCAAAUCCACGGCCGAAUUGGUAAAUUCCCCUUGAACUUCACAGAGGUGGUGGAGCCCCUCCCAACGUCAGUGACUGAACUGGGGGAAACUGACAAACCGGCACUGACGGACACGGCAAUGACAGAAAACUCCGGAAUAAAGACUUCACAGGGCUCAAACUCAGAGACUGAGGAGUGGGCUGUAGCUCUGUUUGACUUCCCCGGUCAGACCCCAGAGGAUCUGUCCUUCCACAAGGGGGCGCUGAUCCAAGUGACGGAGCACAUCGACACAGAGUGGAGGAGAGGAAGAGUGGAAGGGAGAGAGGGGCUUUACCCCGUGGCCUUUACACAGCCCUGCAAAGCUCAGCCAAUCACAGGCCAGCAGCCUGUGGCUAAAGGAAUGGCCAAAGCUCUGUUUGACUUCACAGCAGAAAGCGAGGAUGAGCUCACACUGAAGGUCGGUGACAUUAUCACACAGGUGGAGGCUGUGGAUGAGCAGUGGAUUAUGGGCGUUGUGGGCGGGAAGCAUGGGAUUGUGCCUAAAAACUACAUUUCACUUUUGUGACAAGGGAAAUCCUGAAACGGCUGAUGCGGGAAAACAAAGAAUGAAACUGCUGUUUGCUGCCGCUCUGUUAAACAGGUUGGAGGUUUGGAACUGGAAACCUUCAACCUGUCGAUGCUACAGGGAGUGCUGGUGCUCCCACGGACACGCACAUGAAUCUGAUCCAGUGUUGUUGAGAAAAACUGAACAGAAUAAAAUUAACUCCGAUUA